UUGCACCUCUUUCGGGUUUAAAUCAAGCACAAAAAGAAUAUACACUCUGAUGCAGCAGUAACUGGAUCAUGGUUGAAAACUCCCCAUCACCUGUGCCAGAAAGGGCCAUCUAUGGAUUUGUUCUCUUCCUAGGCUCUCAGUUUGGCUUUUUCUUGUAUUUGGUGUGGGCGUAUGUCCCAGAAUCUUGGCUCCAUUCAGUUGGAUUAACCUAUUGGCCUCAAAAGUACUGGGCACUUGCUGUGCCAAUCUAUCUUCUGGUUGCAUUAACAACUUCACUUGUUGUACUGUUUGGAGUGAACAUGAUGAAUACAGCACCGCUCAAUUCGGUAGACAACAUUACAGAUAACUAUGCUAAAAACCAACGAACAGAUGACCACCAAAAUGGGGCAAUUCCAAGAUUAAAGGACAUGUCUAUAAGCGAAGUGAACCACUAUUUCUUCCUGUCACAUGAUGAAUCCGCAGUAAAGUAACUGACGCACAGAAGACCGUGGCCUUUUUAUUUCAUUACAUUGUGAACCUUGUUAACGAUGCUACCUUUUAUCAUAUUCAUUUGUUACGUCUAAAUUGUAAUUUGAAGUGAGCCGAAGCCUUCAAGUAAGACAUUUUCAGUUGUCACAGACUGGUGAAAG